ACUUCAUCUCCAUUUCGUCAUGCCGCCUAAGCCAAGUGGUAAAGCCGUCAAGAAGUCUGGUAAAGCCCAGAAAAACAUCACCAAAAGUGACAAGAAAGGGCGCAAGAAGAAGCGCAAGGAAAGUUACGCCAUUUACAUCUACAAGGUUUUGAAGCAGGUCCACCCUGACACUGGAGUCUCCAGCAAGGCCAUGAGCAUCAUGAACAGUUUUGUCAACGACAUCUUCGAGCGUAUCGCUGCUGAAGCUUCAAGACUUGCGCACUACAACAAGCGCUCCACCAUCACUUCCCGGGAAAUUCAAACCGCAGUUCGUCUUCUGCUUCCCGGUGAAUUGGCAAAACACGCAGUCAGUGAAGGAACUAAAGCUGUCACCAAAUACACCAGCUCCAAAUAAAUGUCCUAAUCCUCAAUAAAAACCAAACGGCCCUUUUCAGGGCCACCAAAUUUUUUCAAACGUAAAUUAAUCUCAAUUUAAAUAUUCAUCUUGAAUUACAUCAUCAAUAGAAUUUAAAUAAAAUAUUCAAUAAUGUUUCCAAUCAAAGUAUUUAUCUUAUAUAAAUAUCAAUCACA